UUGGUCUGCCCCUCCAUCUUCCUCCUACCUCGGUCAGGCGUUGGGGCCACCACGUGAGUCCAGGGGUAGGAGGUGGAGCUGGGGGACCUUAUCUUAAGACAUCUUGCAAGACCUCUUAAUUACUCGGAUGCUUCACCUUCCUUUUUCAUGUUUAUUUUCACUGCAACUUAACCCAGGCUUUAAAGGGAAUCCCUCCAUCUUACAGAAAGGUUCACAGAUGCCAGCAGUCUACUGGACACAACACAAAAAAGGCUAAGAUGUGGGGUGGAGCCAAGAUGGCAGAGAAGGUUCUUAGUCUUCUUUAAGUUAAAUGAGCUCAUGGAACAACCAAGACCUGGCAAAUGCCCUGUGGACGUUGCCUGAUGUGUAGCCUUUCUAAAUGGAUCAGUUAACACAGACUCCCUGAACACUCUGGUGCAUCCUCUUCCAACUACUGUGAGAGCAAAAGUGUGGCAGCUGCAACCUCUGAUCAUUUUUUCUUGGCCUGUAAGCAUAUUGAUAACCAAGACUUCUACUGAGUCCCUGCCUGGCAAGUGACUUGUUCCCAGUAACUGGGAAACUCUCAAAGCAGCUCCAUGUACCAGAAAUCAGUGUCUCGGUGGUACUUUGGAGGUCUGGCUUCUCUUGCAGCUGUCUGUGUGACUCACCCACUGGAUCUGCUCAAGGUACUUCUUCAGACAGAACAUGGAAAACAUUUUGGUGUUGCUGGCAUGACAGUGAGAGUGAUUACCAUCAAUGGCUUUAGUUCCUUCUACAAUGGGUUCUCUGGCUCACUCUGUAGACAGCUGACCUAUUCUAUGAUUCGCUUCUCUGUCUAUGACUUUCUGAAGGAAAUUUUGUCAGAAAGCAGGAAGAAGUACCUACCCUUCCAUCAGAAGGUGAUUAUAGGGGCUAUGGGAGGUUUUGCCGGUGGGUUUGUGGGGACCCCAGCAGACAUCGUAAAAAUUAGGAUGCAGAAUGAUGUGAAGAUGCCACUGCACAUGAAGAGGAACUAUUCCCAUGCGUUGGACGGGAUGAUUCGUAUUGUACGAGAAGAGAGGUUUAGGGCAUUAUUCUCUGGUGCUACCCUGGCAUCAAGUAGAGGGGCUUUGAUGAUGGUGGGACAGGCAUCCUGCUAUGACCAAGUCAAGGAAAUUGGGAUCACCUCCAAUCUCUUCUCUGACAGUCUCUUCACCCACAUCAUAGUCAGUUUCAUGGCCGGUUUAUGUGCCACCUUCCUAUGCCAGCCCUUGGAUGUACUCAAAAUUCGAAUGAUGAAUAACCAGGAUUAUUAUAGUGUCUUUUAUUGUGUAACUGAGACAGCCAAAUUGGGACCAGGGGCUUUUUACAAGAGUUUGUUCCCUACUGCUCUUCGCCUGAUACCACAAACCAUUUUAACUUUUGUCUUCUUGGAGCAGCUUCGAUUACGCUUUGGAAUUCCAGUGGAGUUGGACCAGCAAAAGUGGGAUCCAGCAAUGCCCUUUGAACCAAAAUCUGCCAAAGAUGCCAUAAAAAAGACUGGUCCCUGAAUUCCUCUGAUUUUGCCAUUUUAGGGUACAUAGAAAGUCACUGACCUGACAUGAUUCAUUCCUUGGCAUGUGCAUUUCACUGGUAUGCAAGUACACUGUUAUAGCCUCUUAGAGUAAGCCCAGCUAUCUAAUGAUCUUCCCCACUCUCACCUAUUUAGUACAAUAACUUCCCUAGGCUUGCCUUCUUUAUUAAGGGGUAGCUGUGAUGAAGACCAGAAUGCAAUAUCACAAUCUGGUACGAGAGGGUCAAUUUCUAGAGUUACAAAGUCAAUCCCAGAGAUUUGUUGGCCCUCAGCAAUAUGGUUUAUCUUGGGUACUUGUGGAGGGUUCUCUUAACAUGCCCUUCCUAAUGCAUUCCAGAUAGACAUUUUACUUAUCCCCAAUCCACCCCAUCUUCAGCUUGUGUCUCUGCUGCCCUCAGAGGCUGUGAAGACUGAAUCUUGGCUGUCAUGAUUGUUUUCAAAACAGCUACAGCAUAUCCAGAGCUACCUUGGAUUUGGAGGCAAGUCAUAGGUACAUAUUUGAGGUGAUAGGUGCAUGAUGCAAAGAUGCACGGGGAAGGGAGUGCAAAAUGUAUAAUUGUUUGCAUUUUAAAUCCACAUCUCUGACAUUUGAACCAUUUCAUCAACUCAAACACUAAAUAUAUUUUCCAAGUCUU